AAUUAUAAGCCUGAAAAUGCAUUCCUGAAAAUUUUGAAAUAAAGACAAAGGAUGACAAUGUAUGAAUUCAAAAAAUCAAUUGAAAAGGGAGCAUUUGCCUGACUAAGGAAAUUCAGGCAAUGUAUCAACAAAAACGCACUAGGAGGCAGCUGAUCUUGCAGGUGGUUGUGCAGGUGUUUUUUUCAACCACCUGCACAUGCGACCAGCUGUUGAGCAGAGUGGUGACCACCAAGUAUGGCCCCAUACAAGGAGUUAUCCGCCAACACUCAUCAGCAACACUCCCCGCUGUGGAGGUGUUUUUGGGAGUACCCUACGCCAGCCCUCCUACAGGGGAAGGACGGUUUACCCCAACUAGCUCCCCAUUGCCAUGGGACGCGGUGAAGAAAUGCACAGAACUUCCCCCUGUGUGUCCCCAGCAACUCCCUCAUUUGGGGUACCCAGGAGGGUCGCUGCCACCUGAUCGAAUGCAAUAUCUCAGAUCUGCGAGUCGAAAACUUGAGCGUCAAAGCGAAGACUGCCUCUACCUCAACAUCUACGCGCCUCAUCAUGGAGGCGGAUCGUACCCCGUUAUGGUGUUCAUCCAAGGUGAAGCCUUCUGGUGGGGCUCCGGGAACUUGUACGAUGGAACCGUGCUGGCCAGCUAUGGCCGGUUGGUGGUGGUCACGCUCAACUACAGGCUGGGACCGCUAGGUGAGAGUCCUAAUUAUUGUGGUGAAGCUCGACUACAGGCUGGGACCUCUAGGUGAGAGUCUAUAAUGGUUGUCGUGAAGCUCCACUACAGGCUGGAACCGUUAUAUGAGAGUCCUAAUGGUUCUGGGGCGGCCUGCAUCACCUACCUCAUGGUGUCUCCGGUGCUGGUGCCAGGUUUGUUCCACCGGGCCAUCCUGAUGUCAGGCUCAGCUCUGAGCUCUUGGGCCGAGGUCCAAGAUGGCAUCUCCGUUACGGCUCGCCUGGCGCGAGCACUGAACUGCUCUCUACCCUCAGAUCUGAGGGAGCAACACCCAGAGACCAUCGUGUGUCUCAGGAACUUGUCCGCCCAGACGCUCGUCAACGCACCGCUCCCCAAGUACAAGUUCGCUUCACUUUUCGGCCCCAGCGUCGACGGUGUCGUUGUAACCGCUGACUACAAGAUCAGACUUGCAAGGGAACUGAAAGACAGAAACCUGUACGAUCCAGAAUAUUACAUCUACGUCUACGAUCACCACGACGCUGAUCAUCAGGUAGAUUCUGUAAUGUUACGUCUACGUCUACGCUCACCACGGUGCAUAUCAUCAGGUAGAUUCUGUAAUGUUACGUCUACGUCUACGCUCACCACGACGCUGAUCGUCAGGUACGUUCCGCAGUGUUACGUCUACGUCUACGCUCACCACGACGCUGAUCAUCAGCGCUUGGGAAGUAAAUUCGCAUCUGAGCUAGACCUUAUGUUCGGGGCACCUUUCAGCGAUGUCACCACUCCACCCACAUCAUCAAGAAGCUACCUUAACUCCCCGGGACAUUACUCCAAUUCACCGGAACCUUAUGCAGACAAACCGGGAUCUUAUGGGACAUCUCGACAACACCUUUCCAGGAGGGACAAUCCUGAAUCUGGUUUCCAAUUUGAAGACACAGUACCCAGUGUGGUUUGGGUCUCAACAAGCAACUACACCCGAAAUGAUGCUCACGUGUCUGAAAUACUCAUGAAAUUGUGGUCAACUUUUGCGAGAUCUGGAACUCCAAAUGGGCAAGAAAGCAGCCAGCCAAACUUAAGUUAUCCUGAACGUUCGCGUUUCAAAAACUUGACGUGGCAAAAAUAUGACCCUGUCUACGAGAACUACCUGGAAAUAAGUUCUCGGCCGCGCAUGCGUGACCACUACCGAGCUCACCAGGUGGCGCUCUGGAACUGGCUGCUGCCGGAGCUGCAGCUGACGUCAGACGCUCUGCAUGCCGAGGAGGCCCGAUCCUGGCACCACAGUGACGAUCCUGACUACUUCGUAGGACCUGUCAGACCCUUGGACCCAUUCAGAUUCUUAAAGGCGACUCCAGCGUCAUUUACAUCACCCCUACCGAUGCUUCCCAAUCCACGCAACGAGUUUUUGGGUCCGAACAUCAGCGCGACUCACGGCGUCGGCGUAAGCCGUGCAAACAUUUCCACAUCGGGGCAAGAUUCCGAGAGAAAUCCAUUGCUGGAUUACACGACGGCACUGACCCUAACUGUGGCAAUUGGCUUGUCCCUGCUGGUCCUCAACGUGAUGUUAUUCGCAGUGCUACUAUACCGCAGAGAACGCAGCCAAAUGGGCUCUAAAAUAACAUACGACAGCGUUAGCGUUCAACCUCUCUGCACCGUCGAUAGUGGAAUCCGAGGGGGACCAGGGACCACGCAAGGAAGCAUAACGCCACCUGGCAAAGAGGUGUUGGUGGCUACAACCUGCACCGCGGAUAUCCAAGUUACGGAACUACGGACAUUCCCUACGCCACCAGAUAUCGGGGAUCGCAACACGGAAGUGACAUCGUACACUGCAGGGCCUGGAAAGAGGAACGGGUGCAGUGCUCUCUCUACCAGUCAGUUCAUUCCGCCACCUCCCCUGCUAGCCACAUCCACAGCCUCGCAACAUGCACCCAGUGAUUCGGACAUUAAUUCUUCUUUAGGUACUUCCGUACUUAUGGGUUCACCGGGCCCCCCUUGCACUGCAGGGGGCUUGUGUUCCCUGUCCCCCGGCCAUCAAGUUACUCAGUUCCCUACCACUUCAGUAAGUUACUGCCCUCCUCCUCAGUACUGCAACGAGUUCCCCGUAAGUCAGUAUUCCCCAAAUCCCUACAACGGGAGUUCUUCAUGUCAAUUUUCAAACCCCAAUCAGUUCCCGAGCCCCACGAAUUGCGGUGGUGGGAACCUUUCCCUCCAGCGCAACAGUGGAACAUCUGCUACGCAACGUUCUGCCACCCUCAACAGAAGUGGAGGACCAAAUUCUGCUUGUCUCGUCAAUUCACGGAAGCCGAAACCCCCGCCCAGAGAUUCGUCUUCAUCUUCUGUGAACGCUGGCUCUACUUUUGCCACGUUGCCCCGACAAUCGUCUUUGGAUUCUAGCUCUCAUAUUAUAGCCUAGGCUUUUAUCAAGGGUAUAGCGUUUAAUUCCCUAUGUGAAUAUCAAAUAAUUUUUAUCUAUCUAAUGAAAACUUGAUAAAAUAAGAAUUAAGGUCUCGUGGAGCUAAUGAAAAAUCGAGUCAUUGAAAAAAUUGGACAGAAGUAAAAUUGUUUCACAUCUUUAGAGAAAUCGUGCGCAUUACCUCGUUUAGUUUCUCCAAAAAGACGAUUAAGAAUGAGUUCAAAGCGAAGAAAACACUAAUAAAAAUAUAAUACUAUUAUGUGGAACUUUUUCAGUGAAAAUUCUGGGCAUAUUAAUUACUUCGAAGCUCUAGGACGAAUCAUCCUUAUUACGUCUACAGCUCUCUUAUGAACAUCUUCUGUGCAUACCCUAACAUAAAAUUUAUACCGAUUUUUAAAUCCAUUUUUAUUAAUAGUGAAAUGAAAUAUGAUAAUUUAAUCGUGUAUAAGUUUUGUCUUUCCGCCAAAGUCAGCCACAUUUUUCUCCGCCAAUACAUUCAUUUGCGAAAUUCGGAAAGCAUUAUAGAGACAUGGGUGCGGAUAAAACAUUAAAAUGUCUAUGCGUCCAUGUAAGCUGCGUAUGAAAAAAUAUAAGCAAAUAGAUUUCAUCCCUACCAGCUGUAGGAAUUUACCGCAAAUUCAUUUUAAAUCUUCAUGCCAUAUAAAAUGUAUUUCAGUGUUACGGUAAAUUCUAUCUCUUCGCAAUAAUUGUUCUUCCUUCUUAAGAUUCUAUCCUACCUAAUUGUAAAUUAAUAGAUUUUUUGAAGCGCUGACAACUAAAUCUACCAUUUGCUGGCGAUUUUAUAUGUUCUCUCAUUACAACAUAUACCUAAUUCCAACUGGUUAGGAAUAAUUUAAAUUUAAAAUUUUUACAAAGAUAAACUCUUAUCGAAAUAACACCGAUAACCAUUUCAGCCAUAAACUUUACUUAAUUUUAUCCCUGCAUCUAAUUUCAUGCUAUUUUACAAUGCAUAUUAUUCUGAAAAUUCAAUUAAUGCUUCUAUCACGUGGCUUUUUAUGGCCAAUGGCGUACUUUAUAAGCAUAUUAUUUUAUAAUGGGGAAUUACCAUAGCUCUAAAACUAUCUCGGCAAAACAAUUCCUAAAAUAUAGAUUGAAGCUCGUAACGGAUGUCGAUUAUAAUCAUAAAUAAUGAGGUUAAACCUCAUUAAUGAAAUUAAUUAUUAUAUAAAUAUCAGGUUUGGUCUAAAUCAUACUGCUAAGCUAGUGGUAAUUAAAUUUAUUUCGAAUAAAUUUCAGUGCAGCAUUCGCUAUUACAUUUGGUUCGAAUGUUCCACAAACGUCGUUCCGUACGAGACAAUUAACGAUUAGUAGGAUUAUUCCAGAGAAAUGAAUUAAGAGAGUUUACAAGGAAAAAAUCGAUUGGAUAUUUGAUUGUUAUCAGCAAUUACUUUGCAUAUUUAUAGAUGUGCUUAUUGUAUAUAUUGUCUUUUUCUACAAAUUUAGUUACUUAAUGAAUUUUUUAAAUUGAAAACAUGAUGUAAAUUCGCAAAAUAUUAUGGUCUGGAAUGUAAUGGAAAGGGAAUAAAUGCAAUUUUUGAUUCAGGGUUGUAAAACAGCUUGAAAAUUGUAAACACGGUACCAGUUCCCCUCCCCUCCGGUACAAACUUUCAAAUUAGGCCCGUAUAUAAGAUUAUUGAAAGGUGAACCAGCUCGUAUAUGAGGGUUGUAAAAGUUUACCUCUCAUCCUACGUACAUAAUUUGUUGGUAACGACUUCGAAUAUGACUCAUCUCCUGGGAAGUUUUGUUGUUACAGUUCUAAUACAAGAGGUCCGCGAUAGAGAUAAAAAGUCUUUGAAAUUUCACAAAUGUUUCAAAAUCGGCAAGUGUUUCAGUUUAAUCGCCAUGAUGACUUACGAAAGGAUACAUUGUAACUGUAACUGUUAUCAUAACUCAUGACUGAAAUUGUAAUUGCAACUGACAAAAUGGUUGAAACAAGAGGGUAAAUUGUUAAUGGUAGAAUUAGUAUCGUACAUUUUUCAACUUAAUCUAGCAGUGAAUGAAAAACAUGCGCCAAAUAUCACAUUAAAAAAUAAUUCAAUAAUUUAAUUUUUAUAAAAAUUGCUAUCCCAUAUGUCCAACAUAGUUCAGGAACAUGGAUAGCUUACACCUUUUUUCUACUUAACAUCCACUGCAGAUAAAUUUCAACAUAAUUUUUUCAGGUGACCGGUUUAAUUAUGGAAGCUAUCAUGCUAUUAUCAAUAUAACCGGUCUCUAAAGGCGUCUAUUGAGUCUUAUUUCAGACACGCACAUCUUAUCAUCUUUGAACAGAUAUGCUUCACGAAAACUAAAAAAAACGUAAAAUGUUUACCUAUUUAAAUUAUUCAUCACUUCAUUACUUCGAAAACGCUUCUAAAUGUUUUGAUCCGGGAAGUCGGGUAUAUACACUGCAUAAAAAAAAGUUCAGAUAUGUCCAUCUAUUAGAAUUUAGAAUCGUCCGCUCUUUAAAAAUGAAGUGAAUUGUUGUGAAUUUUUACUAAUGCUAUUUAAUUCAAAG